GCAGGCAGCUGGGGAGGAAGAGGAGGAGGAGUUAGUGCUCGUUGUGGGCAGCCUUCCCAGGCAGCCUUCCCAGCUUGGGCAGAGCAGGUGGAGGGACGGAGAGGACGCAGGCUCUCGCCCGGCCGAGGAGAUGGAGUGGCUGAGCCAGCGUUGCCCGCUGCUGCCUGCUGCCCAGGGCUGCCCCCGGCCGGGCCGUGGCACCUUGCUGCUGGUGGUGACCCUGUCUUUGCUGAUGUACCCAGUGCUGAGGAGUCUCGCUCUUCAGCUGCACUCUGCCAUCACCGGCAGCUACGUCUCCGGGACCCACUCCAUUGCCUUCAUCAACUGUCUCAACGAGCAGAUUGCCAAGGAUAUUGCAAGGUAUUUCUGGAAAGGGCAACUGGAAGAAUCCACUGAAAUACUACUGAUAGUGAAAACAAGAACAUCCAAAAUAGGCGAAUUGUCCAACUACGUCAGAUCCAUCCACCCCUUUGAAAUUCCUGAAAUCAUCAGCCUGCCUAUUGACCAAGGAAACCCUCUCUACCUCAAAUGGAUAGAGGAAAAUGUCCCACGGGACUAACUGAAAAGUGCAGAAAGCACCUCACUUUUGGGGAGACCAGGUGAAACAUGCUGGGCCACAGUGGUCUGCCCGUGCGGGCAGGAGUUACGCACACGCGGGGAGGCAGCCGAUGUCUUCACGGGUUUGCUAUAACACAGAAGCUUGGGAUUGGGAAUUUCAUUUGCACUUGAAACAUCCCCUCCUUGGGGAUACUUGCCCUCGAAGGGCUACAUGCACCAAGGGCUGUUGCAGCAUUGCAGUUGAGGGUACACAGAGAUGCUCAUCAGAACACUGCAGCACGUGGCAGCUGUCUCAGGCCCCCAGGAGCAAGUGCCAGCUGGUAGCCAUGGCCUGGCAGCCCCCGGCAGCCCCUCCAGUGCCGUGCAUCCCCACAGCCAGCGCCUGAACCCCUGCGUGCCCCCCCUGCUCCCCCGCAGUGGCUGUUGCAGCAUCCUGCCCUGCUCUGCCUCCUGCUUCCCCAGCCCCGAGGCAGCAGGAUGUGGCUGGGCACCCCACGAUGCAUCAGCUCACGCCCUCUCCUGCUGUCAUGCAACGUGCUGAUUCGAGACUUAGAAAAUCCAAGGAAACAGCAAACUUGAACAGGCGCUACAAGCAUUUACCAGGAGCCAUAAGCAGCACACGCACUGACCCUGACCAGUCUGCCGAGCUGGGAAGAGCUGGGCAACAUCCACUGCCAGUUCCGGGAAAUCAAGUGCCGGCAGGACCAGGGCAUCGCCCGGCUGUAUGGCAUCACCCCGGCCCUGCACCCCUACCCACGCCUGAACGGUGGCUUUCUACCCAGGCCAAGUUUAACCUUGUAAAUAGACGCUCAUGUUAAUAGUUCAAUGGGAUAUAACUUAUGGAACAAUAUUGAGUUAUUUAUGUGACUGGGAAGGGAAUAAACAGGAGCGUUUCUUACCUGGGCAGGCUCACGUGUUGUGGCAGUUGCUGGGGCAGAGUCCGCAGUGAGCUGGGCAGGGGGAAGGGCCUGUUGUGGCCCUUUCAAGCUCUGAGAGUAGGAAACUUCAGUGCUAAGUCCAAAGAAAGAGGGUACCAGCUAUGCACCUUGUCUGGCAAAACGGAACAAAAGCAGGUGAAGCGAGCACCAGUGCCCCCAGGUGAGGUCUGCACCGCACCCAACGCUGAGCUUUGUUCAGUCCCCUCAGGGCUACGUUGUGCAACGGGCAAGUUUUAGGCUAAGAUUAAGUGGAUGGGGCCAUUUGGGACCUCACCAGUCGGUAGGACUGUGAGUGAGGGCAGCCCCUCUCUACAAAACCCAUCGUUGCAAGGGGUGUCCCUGUCCCCUGCUUGCCCCUUCGCAUCCUUCUGCUGUUCUUGUGCUUCGGGGCAGCAUCUCUCCGGCCGAAGGCACAUGUCACCCUGGCACGGAGCACAACCCAGCAGCACCCGCUGCAUCGCGGGGAGGACCGGCCGCCUGCCUGGGAGCACACACUGACCCCCAGCACCCAAACUCAAUCAUCCUGACGCUGCAAAGAACCAGUGAUGUUAAAAAAACAAGGCUUUUUAAUUGUACAUCAGACAUAUUAGUUACAACUUGGGUAUAACAAGAGUUGGUUAUUACAAGCAGCAACCUGAACUCAUAGAUCUUUAGAAGGUGCACAGAGUCAUUAUAACAUCUAUUACAGCUAAUGCAAAAUAUACUCUGCAACAAAAAUAUUUUUUAAAGGCUCCACAUUCAGUUCUCUGCAAGAAGCCAG